UACUGUGCCAUUGUGGCAGAAACUUGGUUGUUGAGGUUUGACUGGCACCCAACAGAUCAAGGUUUCUCUUGUUGUUCUUUAUAUGGAAGCUGCAGGCAAUCGCAAUAUCCAUCAGAUGCCCUUCAUUCAUUGAUGACUAAGAAUGUUGAAAAAUAACAACAGCGAUAUAUGCAGGACUGAAGUAAAGCAGGUAGUUCAUGCCUAGCCGACACAUAGUAAACUGACUAUCGACCAAAACAAAACAGAUUAACAGAUUAACAUAGUAAACAGCGAUAUAUGAGCACGGGAUCCAUCGGCGCCGCGGUGGGUCCGCUCCUGACGGGGUACAUCUCGGCCAGGAGCUGGAGCGGGGUGUUCACGAUGCUCAUGGCGUCGGUGCUCAUCCUCAUCGUCGGCCUGCUGCUGUCGAGGCUGGUCGUGGCGGAGAUCUCGGCCAAGAUGGCGGCGUCGCGGAGGCCCGACGGCUCAGCCAGCGAUCUGCCCGUGUCGUCGCUGGAGGAACCGUAGACAGGGCCGGAGAUGGCCGGGGCUGUACAUUGAUCCGGAGAUGGCGACGGCUCGGCCGGCGUGGGGCAGGAGCAGAGCCCGGCAAAUCGAGCUCUCCUCGGCGGCGCCGACGCCACGCAGUGGCUCGAGCUGCUCCACCUCGUCGCCGCCCGAGGGCCCGCCGCACUUCCGCCUCACCAGUGCAUGCCUGC